AUAGUCAUUUAUGAUAUUUGCAAUCAGUAAUCUCCAUAUGUGUCAACGUAAUAAGUUUUCUAUUCUAAAUUACGCGAAUUAUGAUGUACUUCCCCUUAACCAAAGUAACAUGUUUCAAAAUAUAUCGAUCUACCGGUAAACAUUUGGCCCACAUAGGCGUCCGUGGUGGCGCAGGCUCGACAAAAACAGCCAGAAAUGGAAGUCAGUAUACCUCAUACCUUACGCGAAUACGUAUGCUACAAGCUGAAGAACGCUAUUUAACAGAUUGUUGACCUAAUGGUCGUUUAAAAAUUCCGUUAGUUUUACUCGUAUAAGAACAUUAUAUGGUUGUGUAUGAAGAUAUACAUUGAAAUUAAUUGUGAUAAGAACGGUGUCUUUAAAAAAUAUAUGUGUGAUGAUAUAUCCGAAUGCUUAAUCGAAUACAAAGUAAAAUCGGUGUAAAUCUAAAAAGAUGUUGCGUGAUAUUUAUAACUAAUAAUAUUCGAGGUCAAUUAUUUUUCGCGUUAUGCAAGUUGUAAAUCAAUAAAGUUCAUAAUACGUACAUAAUGGCUUUUAAUGUGAAAUGUAAGAAGAUAUAAGGAACGAACAACCGUUAUGCAAUAGUAAACGCGAAUGCGAAAGUGAAAUUUUCCAAUUUUUCUAAAGUGAUAUAUUAAUAUUUCGAAUAAAUAUUGAGUUCUUUAGAUAAUUUACACAUAUAACCUUUAAUUUCUCUGUGUUAUAUCAAGUAAUAUUAUUUUAGAAAAUUUAUUAGAAAAAAUUUAUUAGAAAAAAGUCACUUGACUUAAAUAACUAAACUAUAGAAUUAAAAUAAAUUUAAAAUAUUUAUGGUCUAUAAUCAACAACAACAACAACAACAACAACAACAAAGGAAAGAAACAAAGGAAAGACAAUAGAGUAAGAGAGUAAAUUUAUUUUGUUAUCUGGAUAUAAUUAUUGUUUUCUCUGAUCGAAUGACUUAGACUAGAGAUAAUUUUCCAAGUGGAUCAAAAAUUAAGCAAUGCUAGAUUUGGAAUUGCAAUGAAAAUUUUCGCGCGUGCGCACAAAAAUACAGUGAGACUUCUUGGUCGGUUAUUCGUUUACCCAGGGAAGAUAAGCAUACGAGAAUCGAACGUGAACUCGUUUGGAAUAGUCAAACCCGUGUUCCCUUUGACUACGUCAUCAACACCGCUUUAUAAUGGCAACGGAAAAUGACAAGUCGAGCAAUGAAAUCGAGAAACAGGCUACAACGCCAUCGCCUUUAACACCAGCGCCAAAGCCUACCACGGAGGAUAAGCGGUGGGGUCUAAAUGGACGACUAGCAUUUGCUAUUGCGGCUGCUGCACUUGGAUCAUCGUUUCAACAUGGGUACAACACUGGUGUCGUUAAUGCACCUCAGCAGCUCAUCGAAAACUGGAUCAGUGACCUGAAGAUGAAUCGUACUGGGCAAGUAACGAAACAAUCGGAAGUAACGAUGAUAUGGGCAAUAGCGGUGUCGAUAUUCUGCGUAGGCGGAAUGAUCGGUGGCUCUCUGGUGGGUUCGAUAGCCGAUCGUUUUGGUAGAAAGGGUGGUUUAUUACUGAACAAUAUCCUGGUCCUGCUCACAGUAAUCUUCGAGGGCUGUGCCAAAGCAGCGAAAAGUUAUGAAAUGAUAAUUAUCGGAAGAUUUCUGAUCGGUAUCAAUGCAGGAUUAAACGCUGGUUUAGCGCCUAUGUAUCUAUCUGAAAUAUCACCUAUUCAUCUACGAGGAGCCGUUGGGACAGUUUAUCAACUAGUUAUUACUAUGUCUAUCCUGGUAUCGCAAAUUCUUGGCUUGGAGCAAAUUUUGGGCACUGACGAUCAAUGGCCGCUUCUUUUAUGUCUGACAAUUGUCCCUGCAAUUUUCCAAGUGGUCACGCUUCCAUUGUGUCCCGAAAGUCCGAAAUAUCUGUUGCUCAGUAAAGGAAAAGACAUGGAAGCUCAGAGAGCUUUGGCCUGGUUGCGUGGCACGAUCGAAGUUCACGAUGAGAUGGAGGAAAUGAGGACGGAAUACGAAUCAGUGAAACUUGUACCAAAGGUUACAUUGAAAGAAUUAUUUGUAAAUCCAUCUCUUAGAAUUCCAUUGAUGAUCGCAAUCAUGGUUAUGUUCGCUCAACAAUUGUCCGGAAUAAAUGCCGUCAUGUUCUUCUCGACCAAGAUCUUCACGAUGGCGCAGUUGGACAAGACCGCAGCACAAAAUGCAACGAUGGCCGUCGGAGCGAUGAACGUCGUUAUGACUUUCGUUUCUUUGAUACUUGUUGAAAAAGCUGGAAGAAAAACGUUGCUGUUAGCCGGAUUCAGCGGAAUGUUUAUCGAUACCGCGUUACUCGCGAUUUGUCUUGCUUUCGCAGACACAUCUCGCGCAGCAGCUUACUCCUCCAUUGUACUGGUAAUGACGUUCGUAAUCCUAUUUGCAACUGGACCAGGUAGCAUCCCUUGGUUCUUGGUGUCCGAGUUGUUCAAUCAAUCCGCGAGGCCUGCGGCGACGUCCGUUGCUAUCGCGGUCAAUUGGACGGCCAACUUCAUCGUCAGUAUCGGAUUCCUACCGCUACAAGAGGCAUUAGGUGCCUACGUGUUCAUUAUUUUCGCCGCACUACAAGCAUUCUUCGUUUUCUUCAUUUACAAAAAAGUACCCGAGACAAAGAACAAAACGAUGGAGGAGAUUAGUAGCAUGUUUCGACAAAUAUCGUACCAGUAAGAACUUUCAUAUUGUCAUUGCGCUUAAGAAAUUAAUCGGAAACCUAUUCUUAAAGAAAGGUUCUCACAGAAGAAUGAAUCGAACGUAGAUGCGAAUUUCUUUCAUUAAAGAGUCCGUGACUUGACUACAACAACGAAUGCAUCUAUUUUUAACAUGCUAUUCACGUUUUCACACGAAUCGAAGGCGUAACAUUUUUUAGCGAAUCAUUACUACGGAAAAUUGUAUUUUUUACUUUGUGACGAAUUCGAAGAAUAUUAAAAAGCUGUACUUGCUUUUGAAUGUGUAUUCUAAACGCUGUCAAGUCGCGCAUAUUUUUUAAGCAGUUUGACUUUCAAUUAAACUUAAACUUAGUUCCUAUUAUUACCGGCACAAUGAACUUAUAGUGACAUACGAAAGCAGUAUCAAAUUACACAUUAACAUAGUGAAACACAAUGUUAAAAACUACCGAAUUGUACAUCUUAACAAAUUUGUUCGUUUCUUUUUAUAUCUUUAUUACACACAAACCUCGAAUGAAAUUAAUAAUACAAUAUUACAAUGAUCAAGAUACUAUAGUUUUAAAGAAUUAAACGAAGCUCAACCUCAGAGAGACGAAUAUUUUAUUUCUAAUAUAUAUUUUUAUAUCGAAGAUCAAAAACAUGAAGAAAUUAGCGAUGCGAAGAGACGCAUAAAUGGAAAACAUAUAUAUUUUAACUCGCAGUUCCUUCGGAAUAAUUGAGAGAAUUAGACGACAAUUUCCGCUUCUGCACAUACUGUUCGCGCUAGAUGUUGUUCUAUCUUCAAAAAUAGCGAAGAAACGAUAUUAUUUAAUUAUACCGAUACUAAAUAUUAUUACUCUAGUCAUAAAGAUAUAAUAUUUUUUGCAUUGGAAUUACAUUUGGAAAAUCUUGCUAAAAUCAGUAUACAUUCUGCAUGGUUGAAAAUUAUUUUCUUUUUUUUAAAUAGAAAUUUAUACGAUAUAAACGCUUCGAUGUUUCUAAAAUCCUCGAUAGAAAUUUGUUUUACAUGAAACGUUUCCAAAGUGUUUAUAAAUGUUAGUGAAACGUGUGUAUAUCUGAAAUCAGACAAAUAUAGCGUAAAAUUGUUGGAACUCGUGAGAUUCAUUCUCGACAAAAAUUUUGCUAUUGUAAAACGUACGUUUUUAAAUUUUUUACAGUUUUCUUGGUUGCAUGUAUACGAUUAUACAGACUUUUAUAAAUUCUAUCACAUUAUGCCGCAAGAAAUAGAAAUUUUAUCCAAAUGAGAAAAAUGAAGAGUACCGUUACACUUGUACAUAGAGAUAUACGUAGGAUAUUACCGUAUAGCGUACAGAAGAGAAUCGUAUUUAUAUAUGCAUGUAACUAGUGAAUGUUUAAAUCUGUAUACCGUUGUUGUUAUGUUUAUUAGGUAAUUAAUUAAUGUAAUAUAAACGAUAACCAAAAAUCAUGUUAAAAUAUCGUAACGUAUAGUUUAGAAGAAUUAGUUUCGCUGUAAAUCAUGAACCGACAGUAUAAUGUUUUGUUUGCCGCGUACAUUCUUAGAUCCAAAUAAUACUCACGCGUAGUUGUAUCAUUGAUGCUAAACUUAUCAGGAAAUCACCAUGAUUUCACGGUGUGCCGGUGUAUCUUUCCAACAAACAGAUUCAUUAACCAAUAGUGGUUCUUCAUUUUUUAAAUGCUGAAACAUGCAGAAAAUGUAGAAGUGUAGGUGAAACUAAAAACAUUGCAAUACAUACAUUACUCUAAAUUAGACUAUACCAGACCUACAUGCAUAUAUCUAAAUCUAAUGGAUUAAUUAAUUAGAUAAAUAAUACUUUCGAAAAAUAAUUCAACGUACAAAGGUAUUUUAUAUUUACAUAAUUUAAAUCGUAUUUACGACGUUGUUAUAGAACACGUAAGUUUCAGUCUAUAUCUUAUACGAUAUUAUAUUACUAAAUUCAGUAAUCGAGGUAGCGAAAUAAUAAUUGAAAUAAUUGUAAAAUAGACUAAGACUUAUUGGCUAUCAAUUCAGUUAUUAAAUCAGUUCCUAAUCACGAAGCACACCACUAUCUUAAGCUACAGUUAAUUGAAAAUAGACAGAAUAAUAAUGCAUACAGGCAGUAGAUAAUUAUUUUUGUUUACUAAAUUUACCCGGAAACUAUUUUGUUUAACUUACGAUGAUCCAUCUAACUAUUUGUCUGUCAGAGGCUUAAGUUAUAUAAUAAGAGACCUAUUUUAUUAUUUAUAAUAUAGAAAAUUAAGGAUUCUGUUAUAAUACCUGUAAAUCCUUAAGGAGUUUAAUAAAUAUUCAUAAAUGUCAGAUAAGCAAUAAAAAGAACAAAUAAACAUAAAUGUAAAAGUUUAAACGCUCGAAACGCGUUAUUUUUCCCUUAUCUGACGUAUAUGAAUUAUGGUUUGAAUAUAAUUAAAAAUAAAUUUACAACAGGCAAUAAAUUAUUUAUGUAUAACGUUAAAAAUCAAAACUUCUAUAUUCAAACUUUUACACAUACAUAUGUUCAGCGUUAUAAAAGCACUGAAUUACGUGGACAAUGAGUACAACCCAACAUACAAAUAUUUGUAUAAUUAAAUCUCGAAUUUUUUUAUUCAUCAACUAUAUCAUGUAAGUUCUUUGUGGUACAAUUAUAGCAUUUAGUGUUAGAUUCUCUUUUUAUACCUGA